AAAAAAUUGCGGAACAUAAGCCGACCCCAGGUUUAGCGGUUUGCUAAGGCAUUAUGAAGAUCUCCAUUGCUUUGCUUCUGCUAUUUGUCGCACCAUUCAAUGCUCAUUCCACCGAACAGACCGUACUGCAGCCACAGCAUGCAGUGGAAAAGAGGAUCGCUAUCAUUGCUGGUACGUCGGCCGCGUUUUGGAUCAGCAAUGUCUUUGGCAACCGUAUCAAUGUGUCUACAACGUUGUAUGAACGCAGCAGCUAUUUGGGUGGACGCAGCACGGUAGUUCCGAUCAAAGGCGAUCCAAAGUAUGGCUACAUAGAACUCGGUGCUUCCAUCUUCGUGCCUGUCAAUUAUAACCUUAUGAACGCAACCAAGAGGUUCAAUCUGACAUUGACAACUCUGGUGGACAAAAACAUCUCGGAAAAAAUAGGUGUUUGGGAUGGCCAGCAGUUUCUGUUCCAGGAGUCAAACUCGGGCUGGUUUGACAAGGUUCGAGCUGUGUGGCGAUAUGGUUUAACUCCAUUGAAGGUCAAAAAAAUGGUUUCAGAUAUAACGUCGAGAUGGCUUAAAGUGUAUGAUAACGCUCCCGCGUUUACAAACAUGGAUCAGCUAGUGAAGGCCCUUGGUCUCAAGCGAGAAAUCGAAAUGACAGCUGCCAAUUACUAUGCUGCCGAGAAAGGUUUGAACGAGCGUUACCUUCGUGAAAUUGUCCAGAGCGCAACACGCGUCAAUUACGGGCAGGAUCUUGACGAACUUCAUGCUCUUGGAUCACAUAUCUCUAUGGCAGCUGCAGGAGCACAUUCAGUCAAAGGAGGCAAUUUCAAGAUAUUUGAAGAAUUUGCUCUUCGUUCCGGAGCUGAUAUUCGACUGAACACUGUUGUUAAAGACAUACAAACAUCUCUGGAAUAUGAUGAUAAUUGUGACCCGGUAACACAGUACAUUCUCCAGACAAGCGACGGUGCCAUGGAAAGCUUCGAUGCUGUCGUUAUCGCUGCCCCACUGCAAUCAACCAACUUAAAAAGCUUUCGCCGCCCAGAAUACCCAAAAUAUAAGACAAUACAUGUUACGCUUGUUGCUGGACGGCCCAAUCCUACUAAAUUUGGAAAGAAAAUAUCGAAUGUGCCUACCACCAUUGUCACCACUGGUGCACCUUAUCUCGAGCACUUUGAAAACGGGACACAACCUUUUACAACGUUUGCUCAACACAAAUUUGUCAAGCAAACAAAGGAAACGGUGGUCAAGAUGUUUUCUGCAAAACGAAUGGAAGAAGACGAAUUGAGCAGACUUUUUUUCUCACGCAGUUGGACAUAUAGGAAGAAAUGGGACGCAUACCCAGAGCUUCGCACUGUAGAAGCGGCUCAUUGGAUGCCAAUUGUGCUGGACGGCAAUACUGAAAAUGGUAUUGAUACAGCAGGAAUCUUUUACGUAAAUUCCUUCGAAAGUCUAUUUUCGACAAUGGAAAGCCAAACGGUGGCCAGUAAAAACAUUGUUCGUCUCUUGCAUCAAGAAUGGUGCACUAAGGAAGGAGACUGUCCAGAUUUUGUUGACGGCUGGGGACGGCAUUAACAGGUAGGUUUUUUACAUAGACUGGUCAGCACCUCACUUGGAUACGAGGUAUACUUCGGACAUGUUUUCGAGCUCAAUAUUCCUUCUUGAAAGAUUGAUUGAGAAAAAUGUGUGGAUGGCUCGCC